GAGGAACUUCUGUGUUGUUCUCAAAAUAAUCCUUCGUGCUCGCGGCUUCCCAGCAUAGACAAUAUACGCUCUCCAGCAGACAACGAUUGCAAUAAAAAUAUGCACAAUAUCAUAAAAUAUACUGUUUUAUGACAUUCCUGCAUAUAUUUCUGCAUAGUAAUAUAUAAAUGUCGUCGGAUUCUGUAGAAGAGUGGCAAGUAGUUCGACGGGGAAAAGGUGCAUCAAGGAAAUUUAGAUCUCACCAACAAAUCGCCUCUGUAUGUCCUCAGGAGCAGCUGGAUGUUGAGAAAUUUGUCAGACGAAUCAGAGACACAGUGUCUGAGCUGAGAGCUGAAGAAUUUUGGCAACAAUGGAAAAAUCAGCUUCUAGUUUCAACGUCCCCAUCAAGACCUUCAGACAGUAUAAAGGCUGGAGGCCAGCAGGACAAGGACACAGAGGCGACAGUACGCCAGCAGCUGGAGUGUGUGUGCUACGGCCUCGGCUCCUUUUCUUCGUGUGUCUCUGCCCGCUACCAGCUUUCCAUGUUGCUGCUGCUACUGGAUGCAGCAGAUAUUCCCUUGAGGGAUUGCUCUCUUUAUGAUCCUGCAUUCUCCGUGGCAGAAAAGGACAUUUUAAGAGAGCUGGGUUUGACUGUGCUCACAGAAAAUGAGGAGGGGAAGCGUCUGGCCACUAAGCCCACCUUAUUUUAUCUGAUGCACUGUGGAAAAGCCCUUUACAACAACCUGCUGUGGCAGAACUGGAACCCACACUGUUUGUCUCUGGUUACGAUCAUCGGAAACUGCUUCAGCGGCAUCAGAGAGAGGACCAUCGAGAGGGAGUUGAAGCGGGACUACAGCUACAUCAGCAAAGCUGUGGAUUUGUGUGAAGAGAGACUUCUGCCUUGUCCUUCCCGUCUGGUAGACGUCUUCAGUGACACAGCAAUUAUCACUUUUCCUUCGGACCGACUAAACAAACUCCCCUCAUCUACUUGGACUGACUCACCUGAACCACAAUACCAACAUUGCUCAGAUUUAGAAAUUAUACUGAAACAAACACCCGUCUUAGACUCUCCUGAGACAGGUCUUAGCUAACAACGGAUGUAUUUUCAAGCCUAAUACAUCCGUAAACCUUUUUAUGCACCUUUUUUUUUUUUUUUAUAAAUGCUCAAUCUGACAGAUCAGCAUCAUUGUAUGUUUAUUUUGAAGCUUUUCGAGAGAAGAAAAAAAUAUAUUUAGUUCAGGUUUGGUUUCGUUUAGCGACAAUUACUGUCAUUAGGUUAGUUUAUGCCUGUUAUUUUAAGUGUUUUAUUUCUGUUUAUUGUGAACUGCUUUCAUACUUUUGAAUAUGUUUCUUUAGGUUAAACUGCAGCAGCUCGACCAAAAAGAUUAUUUCCGUUCUGUGAAGUUCUGACCACCAACAUUUUCUGCAAACGCUAACUUGAAGAAACCAGGCUCUAAAUAUCAGAUAUGAAGGAUGCAGAUUUUGACGAAUAUUAGCAUCGCUAGUACGUCUAGAACUAGUGUGUCUAAUUAAACUAAUUAAAAGGGGAAAUUGCUAAAUACUGAAGACCAUUUUUCAGCCUUUUUCUAAUUGUCGCCAUAUACUUACCACUGAACAUGUUUACCAAGACAUCUGAGAGUUGGCACCAAGGUUUUUACAGGUUCCUUGAGGACCCCACAUACCCACCUGCGAGUGAAUUUACUUGGUUAACCUCCAAUAAAAGUUGGUAGCAAUCCUAAAGAUU